UAUUCAUCUCCAACAACCCACCACACUCUCACUCACAAUCUUCUCAUCAUUGCUCAUCCCUUUGCUUCCACCACCACCACAACCAGCACUGCAAUUUCCACAUCUGUGACUUGUCUAUGUAACCUCAGUGGAGUGAGCUCAAACGCCACCACCAAGUCAAGCUCCAUGGAUUUCUCAGACCCUACUGCCUUGUCUCCCCCACCAAAAGAAGGUCCAGAGCCUGAACAAAGAGUUCGACAAAAGGGAGCUGAUCCAAAGCCUCAUGGCCACUUGUCAUGGCAGCAGGAGGAGUGUGGGCAGAGGUUCGGAGAGAUACUUAACAGGACCUGCUCCUCUUCCUCCCAAAGGUUCAGGGCUGAAGUCAUCAGGGGUAGUAGCUCCACCACCCUCGAGGCAGGGAUCAGGAGGGCCUUCUCCAUGAGAAAGUCAUCCUCGGCUAGAGAAGGCUACUGGAGAAUCCAUGACACUGGCGAUGGGGAUCAGUUAAUGGAGCAGCAACAGCAGAUGAGGUGUUCCAGGAAGAAAGGCAAGUUGCUACGGGCUUGCAAGAGGUUCUUUGGAUUCUAAUGGUGUCAUCCUUUCAGAAUAAUUCAUCUGUCUUCUAUUGAUCUCUGGCACGAUGUUUAUUGUUAGAAAAUAUUUAUCUGUAAGAGAGAGAUCGAAAAUGAGGAGUAAAA